AUGGAAUAUGACAACUUUUCGCACUACUCCAAACGGCUGCUUUCGGCUAACGUGCUAGGCGACGUUUACGUGGACUUAUCCAAGCUGAAAUCGCCCAAAAGCCGUUUCAUGUUCACGCGUGACCUGCUUCUCAGACACAAAAUGCUGGCCCAGACGUUGGACAUCGAAAGGCAGUACGAUCAUCCAAACGUGUCGACGAACCUCCGAGAUCAAGGCAACGAGUUUUUUAAGGGCGAGAAGUUCAAGAAGGCCGUCCACAUGUACACCAAAUGUUUGGAGGGCAGCGAUCCGAACACCGAGUGCUACGCGCUCGCGGUGGCCAACCGGUCGGCCGCGUACUUCUACCUGGGCCUGUACCAGCUUAGCCUAAAGGACGCGCGCUGGGCCAUGGAGUUCAAUUAUCCGUCUAAUCUAUCGCACAAGCUGUACGAGCGGGCCGGAAACGCUGAACGAGCAUUGGGCUUAUACGGACGGGCGACGCAGAGCUACACCGAGUGCCUGAAGCGAAUGUAUGAGGGGGGCAUUUGUUCGGAUAAGAGGAAGGCGGCGAUCGCAAAGGCCGUGACCGAAUGCAAGGAAUUGUUUACUAAGCAAAAAAAGAGCAAGAAAGUACCUCCCGCUGAUGAGCAGCUGGUUGGCGGAAGAAACGAAAAUAUUCCAGCACUAUCGGCAUUUGUAGAACUGAGAAUGUCCAAGAAUAUGGGACGAGGUGUUUAUGCCACCCGCGACAUUAACCCCGGUGAUGUUGUGGCCAUUGAUGAACCUUACAUUGGUGGGCCUGUUUCACAUCACACAGAUGUUUGUCAUUAUAGUGGUUGCCUGAAGUUAAACUUGGCUCUUAUUCCUUGUCCAAAAUGUUUAUUGGUUUGUUACUGCAAUAAAGACUGUAUGAAUAAAGCUAACGAAGAAGGACACUAUUUAGAAUGUCCAAUUAUGUAUUUCAUCAGAUCAACACCAGGAAUAACAAAAAUGAAUGAACUUGCUAUGAAGUGGUUUUUAAAAGACUAUUUGAAAAUGGGCUUAAAAAAAUAUUGUUUGAUAGUUGAUAACUUUUCCAAAUCUAAAAUUGAUCCUCAAACAAGGGGUUUUGAUGAGACUGGUCAAUAUAAGUCAGAUAAUUUUUUAACGGCUUAUUCUUUGGAUAGUAGUGAAAACAAAGUUCCAAUAGAUGUUUUGUUUUUUUUUAAUUGUAUCGCUGUUGAUAUGUUGCAUUGUUUGAUUUUAAGUGGCUUCAAAAUUCCAAAAUGUUAUAUAGGUUCUGUGGGGGCUUCCUUGGUGCGUAUUCUCAUUGUUUUAGAUUUAAAUUGUAGAAAGUUAAAUGUCAAUGCCCCUACUAUAUCUUUACAAAGAAGACGCCAAACUACUCUUACAAUAGCAUUAACUUUGUAUCCAACUAUUUCCUUGUUCAACCAUUCUUGUGAUCCAAAUAUAAAACGGAGUGGAGAAUUAUCUGAUAGAAUAAGAGUUAUGAAAGCAAUUCAACCAAUUCCCAAAGGAUCUCAGUUGUGCAGUACUUAUGGAAUAAUCUUUAGAGGACACACCAAAGAAUCAAGACAAGAUAUUUGCAACAAACUUUUUUACUUUAAAUGCUAUUGCCAGCCGUGCAUAGAGAAUUGGCCAAUAUGUCAUUAUAUACCUAAUCGUCUUUCUACACUAAAUAUUCUGAACUCUAAUAUGGCAGAUAUUGUGUCAUCGGAGUGCGAAAAGUUUGUGAAAUUUAUGAAGUCGCCAAAAUCAGAAGAUAAUUGUGAGCAUUUAGAUUAUUUAUAUUCAUUUAUUAAGCUAUUGUUUACUAAUGUAAAACGACCAUUUCAAUUAUACGAGGAUUGUCUUGAAAUUAUAAGUACUAUGCAUACCAUAAGUUCCAGUCAAUUAUACAUUGGUGUUAUAGAUAUUGAUUGA